AACAAGUGCGUCCAAACGGCUGCGGACAGCAGUGCUGACCUCUGAAUUUUAUUUCAGAAACAACAUCGUUUCAUCUAGUCUGGAUAUCACUCGCUAACUUCGAGGGACUUUUCUGAGUGAUUUCUUCCCACGAAGUUGAUUUUCUGAGGACGUAUUACAGUGACAUCUUGUCGACAUAAGAGAUAUCGGCAGCACCGACACCUGACUUUAAACAGAUUCCGUCUGGAUCUCUAAAUCCUACCGUUAAUUCCACCGUUAAGUGGCCUCAUUGCCGUUCCUUAGGAAUUCGGGACAUGGCCGCCUUAGCAGGGGGCAUUCCCAGGAUGGUGCGCCCCACGCCACCCCAAAAUUACCCGAGAGGGGGCUAUUCGCUGGAAGUUUCCACACCAUUAGGCCAGGGCCGAGUAAACCAGCUCGGCGGUGUGUUCAUUAACGGACGCCCGUUGCCAAACCACAUUCGCCAUAAGAUCGUAGAAAUGGCGCAUCACGGGAUCCGGCCAUGCGUCAUCUCGCGCCAGCUGCGCGUCUCACACGGCUGCGUGUCCAAAAUCCUGUGCAGGUACCAGGAAACGGGAUCCAUCCGGCCUGGCGCUAUCGGAGGUAGCAAACCGAAGCAGAACACCAGUCCCGAUGUGGAUAAGAAAAUCGAGGAAUACAAGAGAGAUAACCCGGGAAUGUUCAGUUGGGAGAUCCGAGACAAGCUGCUGAAAGACGGCAUCUGUGACAGAAACAACGUGCCCUCAGUCAGCUCGAUCAGUCGCAUACUGCGCUGUAAGUUUGGCGGAAAUGGAGAGGAUGAGGAGGACGAUGAUGAAGUUGAAAAGAGGGAGCUUGAGGAAAACGAAAGACGUGCGAAACACAGCAUUGAUGGCAUUCUUGGAGACAGAUCGAGUCAUUCGGACGAGGGUUCAGAUGUAGAUUCAGAACCAGGUUUGCCCCUGAAGAGAAAACAGCGUCGCAGUCGCACAACAUUCACUGCUGAGCAGCUUGAGGAGCUGGAGAGAGCUUUUGAGCGCACACACUAUCCCGACAUCUACACACGCGAGGAGCUCGCCCAAAGAGCCAAACUUACUGAGGCGAGAGUACAGGUGUGGUUUAGCAACAGACGGGCUCGCUGGAGGAAGCAGGCAGGAGCCAAUCAGCUGAUGGCAUUCAAUCACCUGAUUCCUGGAGGAUUCCCUCCAUCGGCCAUGUCAAGCCUACAGCCUUACCAGCUUCCAGAAAGUCCUUACUCUGCAUCCUCCAUCCCACAAGCAAUGUCAGAACAGGCCAGCACAGUGCACAGGCCCCAGCCUCUUCCACCAACCUCAGUGCACCAGAGCAGUCUGGCCACUGCCCCGGGAGCCCAGGACGCUACUUCAGCCUACUGCCUCUCUUCAGGCCGUCACGGCUUCUCAGGCUACUCAGACAGCUUUGUGCCUGCACCGAGUCACUCUAACCCAGUCAACCCUGCUAUCAGCAAUGGCCUCUCAACACAGGUGAUGGGACUGUUGAACCCAGGAGGCGUGCCUCACCAGCCGCAGGGAGACUUCUCUCUCUCCCCUCUCACUGGUCCUCUGGAGCCCAGUGCGGGCAUGGCUGCCAGCUGCCACUCAUCACAGAGACUGGAGUCUCUGUCUGGACUGGCCAGCAUGCCUUCUCUGCCCAGCUCACAGUCUUACUGCCCACCCAGCUACAGCUCGCCAGCCUACAGCGUCGACCAUAUGGCACCAUACCAAUACAGCCAAUAUGGGCAAAGUAAGGUGAAUACCACUACUGUUUUCUGGUGUGUGUUUGUGUGUCUGCACUUAGAUCUGUGUAGUGCAUAAACUGAA